AACUAACUUAACUAUGGUGGCACCACGCAAAAAGAAACAUUCCAUCAAUCAGUUGCUGCUACGUCGCGCUGUUAGUCGCACAAAACCCUCCAAAUUACCAGUUAGUGCUGCCCAAGGCGGACUUCCUUUAUAUCAUGUGUACGAACCGCGGUGUGGCAUCUCGGUGCGACCAUCGAUCGCCAGGGACUCGCAUUUAGUGCACAUCAUGCAGAGCAGUCUCCCCAGCAAGGCGAGGAAAAUUCGCAGCAGACGCAACUUUCGCAGCAGUCCGCAUCGGAAUACGGAGAGAAUGUCUUCGGAAGGAGGGAAAAAAAUCAAGACCCUCUUACAACCUUGGCGAAAGCUGCAGCAUGUCGCAAUGCCAUCAAGCCACAGCAUGAAGCCACGUUCCCGUGCCAGUUCGGUGGGAUAUCCCUCUAGCUGGAAUUUUGAAACUCCGCGGAAUGAAAACGUCAUCAUAAUGCAAGAACACAAUCAACUAACUAGGAAGCCCUUGGGUCGAUUUAACGAUAGCAGUAUCCAAUGCACACUGAAGAGUAGCCAAACAGGAACACGCUCAAAGGGUUCGGCACAGACGCAAACAACUUUGGACCCCGAUUUGCCAACGGAGAAUUCUUCUCAAAUGGAAUUGAACAGUCAUCAGUUGCAACAGCGUCAGUUAUCGCCCUCAACAAUUGCAGAAAUGAAAAGGCUUUUAAUUCGAAAUCCAUGGGUCUCAAACACUUCCAGAAAACCAGAGAUGCAACCCCAUCGUGUGUUAAGCGGUGAUGCAAGUUAUAGUAUUCCUUCAUAUCAAAAGAAGAAAAACUACGGUGGUUAUACACCAUCAGAAGUUAGUUCCGAAACGAUGCGAAAAUCCUUGGACAUAGAAAACCAACCUUCAGAGCGGUUGGGUCGUAUUGAGAAAAUCAGUUUGCCACCCUCGACAAAUGGUCGCAAAAGUAAAGUGAAUCAUUGGAAUUCGGGCAUGAAAUGCGCGUGCGCAGCCACCAUAAGCAGAAAGAGACCUGCUUGCAAUUGCGAUAAAGUCAAGAAACCUGGCGGAACUUGGAGACUACGACUUGCCUCAAGAGAUGAAUUAAAGUCCUAUGAAGAAGCCGAGAUGGUCGACACUUGUCCAAUAUCAUGUGGGGAAAAUCGUCACACAAUGGAUCUUUCACAAUGGGAUCAAGGAAUAAGACCUUCAGAUCCGUAUAAAAACAUGCGGCGUUCAGGACAGUAUAAAGAAAAUGAGCUUUCAGAAAAUUCUCAAGAUUCGGAGCACUCAGCAUCUGAGAUGGAUGCAAAUAAAAGUUUAAUGAGGACAGGCGUGCCGGAACACAGGUCUUCCUCGGGCCUAUCCAAAAGGAAUGUGGGCUUUGAACAUGGACAAUUCAAUUGUUGUCAAUGUGCUAAUGCUGAAACGCAAACCCUGCGAAAGGGUUCCAUGGCCGGAAAGAGUUCCAAAGAAACUGAUUGCAACUGCACGUGCGAUGAUAAAGAGGCUAUAGCAGAAACGGAACAAGAACUCCCCGAAGAUACGGCCCUUAAAUCUCCAAAACAAUCGGAUAUUUCGUCUGAAGAACGUGGUUCAAGAAGCAGAACGAGCAAAAAAUCCCUUGAUUCGGUGAAAUUGAAAAAGAGUACUUCGAAAAAGUCACUCGAUUUGAAUAAUUCCAGCCGAAAGUCAUUUAAUGGGGACAAAUCCCGAAAAAGCUCAAGCUCAGUUGAUGAUGAGGAUGAUUUUGAAAAUCGAAAAUCAUUUAAAGCGGAUAAAUCCCAAAAGAUUUCAAGUCCAACAGCUGAUGAUUCUGAAAAUCUAAAGUCAUAUUAUGGGAAUAAACCUCGAAAAAUUGCAAAGUCAACUGCUGAUGAUUUUAAAAAUAGAAAGUUAAACUAUGGGGAUAAAUCGCAAAACAGCUCAGGUCCGACUGCGGAUAAUUUUGGGAAUCGAAAGUCAUUUUAUGGGGAUAAAUCGCGAAAGAGCGCGAAGUCAACUGUUAAUGAUGAUGAAAAUCGAAAAUCGUUUUAUGGGGAUAAAUCGCGAAAGAACUCAAAGUCAGUUGCUAAUGAUUUUGAAAAUAAAAUAGUUUAUGGGGAUAAGUCACGAAACAGCCCAAAAUCAACUGUUAAUGAUUUUGAAAAUAGAAAAUCAUUUAAUGAGGGUAAAUCCCGAAAGAGCUCAAGUCCAACAGAUAAAGGUUUCGCAAAUUCAAAGUCAUUUUAUGGGGAUAAAUCCCGAAAGAGCUCAAGUCCGACAGCUGAUGAUUUUGAAAAUAGAAAGUCAUUUUAUGGGAAUAAAUCCCGAAAGACUCAAGACUCAAGUCCGACAGCUGAUGAUUUCGAAAAUCGAAAGUCCUCUUAUAAAGAUAAAUCCCGAAACAGCGCAAGUCCAACUGCCGAUGAUUUUCGAAAUUCGAACACAACAGAGUUAGAUUAUGCUAACAAGACUUGUGAAUAUCCGCAAUGCCCAGCUUGUUGCUGCUGGAAUCAAUGUUGGAACAACUACCCCACUUGUCUAUAUAAUCAAUCGUGUUAUGGCCAACAAGAUGCGAUGAAGAAUAAUUAUCAAAAUAGAAACAAUUAUCAGAUGACCUGCAAAUGUGCUACAGCAACAACGCAAACUUCAUAUACCUCAAAAGUAUUACAGAAAAACCGCAAGGAUGCGCAACAAGAUCCUCGGCAUGCUUCUGAACCUGAUGAUCCCCAGAGAAAUCGACGUGUUAGUUAUACCGGCUCGGAUUCUAGUCCAACGUCUCAGGAACCCACACCUGCUGAAGUAGAUAAUGCUAGCAAAAAUUCUGUAAGAAAUAAGGUACCAAUUGAUUCGAAAAAUGACGAGGUUAAAUGCAACUGUAAAUGCCCCAAUUGCGGAAUUCUAUUCAAUACCAAACCAAAUACGAAAGCAGACAAAAUAUCGACAAAUAAGAGGAACAGCAAUGCGAGACCUGAAGCCACAACGAUUUCAGAUAGCAAUCAAAUACCAGUGCGACCUACAACUCCUCAGAAUACAACAGUUCCAACACCAUUGACAACUCGAACCAUGAUAGGUAGCGACAAACAGUCAAAUGAAUUUAAUAACAACAUAUCUGAAAACUGUCGCACCAAUCCCAGAUGCAUUGCCGCUAACUGCGGUCAAAGUUUCGACAAUUCUAAUCUGACUAAUGAAUUUAAUAACAACACAAUGGCAAACUGUCACACCAAUCCCAGAUGCAUUGCCGCUAACUGCGGUCAAAGUUUCGACAAUUCAAAUCAAUUCAACAAUUCCAAUGUGACUAAUGCGGCUAUAGAUGAAAAUUGCAAUGUCAAUCAAAUAAUUGAGAUAUUGCAGAAGACAGUUGUCGGAUUGGAAGAACAAAAGAAAAUAUUAAGUCAAGCGGUGCGAAAUCUAAAUACAAAUCAAAACAAUUCUAAUAAUCUUGCUGAAGAUUUCCUAGAUGAAAACGAUGAGGGAAAUUACCCCCACGAAAAAGAUAGAAACCGUUUUCCGAAUGAUACUGAUGGCUAUACUGUGAAUAAAUCAAAAGAUAAAAACAGUAAGAUCGGAAAAUAUGGGCAGCAAUCACAGAAAGCUUCAUCCAAAAAGAAUACGACUAAAACGAAGUAUGCCGAUUGCUAUGAAAACUGUCCAGGAUUGCAAAUGAAUGGAUUUAAUCCUGAUGACUGUCCAUGCAACACUCGGAGACGCAGUGGCAGCGCUUACCCCAGCUUUGAAAAGGGCAAAAAAUAUUGCUACAACACCUUCAAUUUGGGCCGAUUUCUUAACACAAACCGAUCAGCUUUAAAGAAUAUUCUUUUAAAGCCUCGGCAAAAGAGAAGGGAACCAACUUUGCAUCAAAUAUUUAGCGAGGAGCCUUGCUUACAGGUUCAAAAACAUAGUGAGUUCUUGAAUAGCAAGAAUUUAAAAUAUUUGGAUGUUCCAAAACAGAAUAGCUACGAACGAAAUAUUUUAAUGGCUUUUGAGCAAAAGAAAGCUGCAUUGGCAAAAUGCAAGGAACAAGAACUAUAUUACGACGAAUCUUCAGAUUGUGAAGAUCCAGAGGAAAUAGAAGAAAGCUGCUGGAAUUCCAAAUAUAAGCGUCGACAGAAAGAACAAUCUGAACAAACAGAUCUAUCUAUUCGAUAUGCAAACGACGACAGAGAUAGUUCUGAUUGUGGGUUGGCUUUCUGUAGAGCACGCAAUGUCUCUACUAGAAGGAAAACAAGGCACAUGGAUUUAUUUAAUAUAUCUACCAAAUAUAGCAAUAGUAAUUGUGGCUGCAACGACCAACCUCAUCAUCGAGGCAUAACCAAGCGAGUAGACCCAAUUGUCAAAUACUCAAUUCAGCAUUUACCUGAUUACAAUGAGGGUCUUCCAAGGUCAGGUAAAAAUACAGCUUCACAUAAAAGCUAUUUUCGGAAUAAUGAUAAUACAUCGAGGAAAACUCAACAAGGCAGAAGUCCAAGCGAGGCUUCUAAUUCCAGGUUAGUUUAUAAAGAUCAACAACAACGUAGAGAGCAGUCUUCAAAAUAUCAAUGUUUUUGCGAAAUAGAUUCCGCCGCUUAUAAAAACAAAACAAAAGUUUUGGACAAAUGUCACUGUCCAAAGAUUCCUGAACCACCAAGGCCCCCAAAAACGUCAAAGGAUAUAGACAACAAAAGAUCGUCAAAAGAAUUUAAAAAGAAAGAAUCAUCAAAACUAUUUCCACUUUGCAAAAAGGAUAAAAAAGAUGAACCCAAGACCCCUAAGCUCAAACCCUCAAGGAAUUCAGUAAUCAUUAAGAAAAAGUCAUCAAGCAUAUUUCCUUGUCGCAAUAAAGAAAAAGAAGAAAAGCCAAGCACUUCAAAAGAAUUGAAGAAGAAAGAACCAUCAAAACUGUUUCCACUUUGCAAAAAAGAAUAAAAAAGAUGAACUCAGUACUCCAGAACCCAAAACCUCUAAGGAUUCUGUGGGUAUAAAGAAGAAAGGAUUCUCAGGUCUCUUUCCAUGUUGCAGUAAAGCAGACAAAGUCACAACAGAAAAGAACAUCUCAAAAGAAAGACACGAAACUUCAAAAGAGUCAGUAGACCUUAAUAAGAAAAAAACCUUCAAAUCUCUUUUCUUGUUGCAAUAAGAAAAGCAAAGAAAAGCCAGAGCCAAAGACUUCUGAGGAUCUUCACAAACCUAACCAAAAGAAAUCCCGGAUAUUUAAGUGCUUCAUUCAAACAAAUAAAGCAAAAAAAGAGGAAACUGAUAAAGAGAAAAAGCCAAAGAAAUUGUCACCGAAUCUCUUUGCGUGUUUCAGUCGAACAGAUAGGCAAAAGAAAGAACCGCAAAACCACCCUGAUCAAGAGAAGAAUCCAAAGACAAAACGAUCUGGUCUGUUCACGUGCUUCAAUAAAUCAAAUAAAAUGCCUUCACCAAAGGAACCAAAGACAUCGGAGGAAAUUGUUAAACAACCAAAACCUAAGCAAAAAUCAAGUCUCUUUCCUUGCUGCCAUAAACCAACAAAGCCAGCCGAAAAGUUGCCACCAAAAUCACCCGAGAACCUUGAAAAGAAGCAAAAGCCAACAAACAUUUUUCCAUGCUGCGCUAGAAAAAAGAAAACUCUCCCUAAGGAAUCGAAAAAGUCUGAGGAAAAUGAACACAUUUCAAAAGCCGAGCUGCCUCAAGAAAAAUGUUCUUGCGAAGAUUUGCCAAAAGAAAUUCAAAAUACUAUACAAGAGUGCCCGUGUGACAAAAAAGUUGAACUUAAAGUGCUCUACGAUUCGAGCUACAGAUUUGGGAAGAAUCGAAGCGACGUUAAUAACAACAACACAGGCUGCGAAUGUGAAUGUGAAAUAAAUGAAAAAGUCAGCUCACCGCCACUUCGAAAUCAAAGCGCCGUACAGAACAACAACACAGACUGCGAAUGUGAAUGGGAAAAAAAUGAAAAAGUCAACUUACCGCCGCCUCACGAAAGUCACAAUAACUUCUUCUCCAUGUUGCAAUAGUAUACGCCUUUUGGCAUUCCUUUUAUAAUGACAGUAGUUGGCAAAUCCAAAUUGCACACAACAAAUCAAUUAUUAUAAAGCGUAAUAAAAUUCACAAAUUUUUUUUCCCGG